AUGAAUCCUCGUCUGCCUAUUCAGGGAUCUUGGCAGAAUAACAGUCCUUUGUCGGUUUGGCAUCAGGGAGACGACGACGUCGACGACGAAGAAGACGAAGAAGAAGACGAAGAAGAAUGGGAGGACGAUGACGAUGAAUACGACGAAGAUUACGACGAAGAAUGGGCCUUUCAGAUACGACCAUCUCAGCCGCACGACCGCUGGAUCCUCCAGAUGUCUCCCUUUCCAUCUUCCCAGUCGACGGAGCCUUUCGCUCCAUCCUGGCCCCAAUACGGCGACGUCAGCGUCGAAUUCGCUCUAGAUCAGGAGUCCCUGCAGUUGAUGCAUGGGACCAGCCAGCAGGACGACGAAGAGCUCUGUCUGGCUCUGCCGCUGUCGCUCUUUCUGCCCCUUCCCCUGGACUCUGGUCCGUCAUCGUCUUCUUAUCCUUACCCUUACCCUUACCCUUACCCUCGAUACACGCGGCCUCAAAGCGUCCGAAUCCUGUAUCGCGAGCUCAAUCCGAAUCCGAGCAAGGGAAACAGGACCUUCCCUCGGUUCUUGACGACUGUCUCUCCCCCGCUCUUGUUAUUCCAGCACUGGGCGGUUGAGGUUGGCGACCCGGGAGAUGCCUAUCUCUUCGAGCUGCAGUACCGAAAGGGCGGAUCGAAGUUGCGCGUCACUCCUCCGGGGGAGGUCGCCCGGUAUCGAUACAAGAAGAUGCCCUCCUGGCAGCAUCGCGCCUGGGCGGGCAAAACCGCCUGGCAACUAGAAGACAUUCACCGAGAAGGUAUGUAUCACAAUCCCUUCUUCUCACCGCUCGCUGACUACAUUUCGUGGCCUAUCUUCACAGCUAUCAAGAGUAAGCGUCAACUGCCCCCGGAGUCCGCCAUAGUUGGCUGUCGUCCUUGUCCAUUUGAUGCGGAGUACGUGACCAAAAGGCAAGGGGAUUCUCGUCCCAAAUACCGUCUUCUGAGUCUCUUGGAUUGGAUGGGUUUCAUCCUGUCGUCCUCGCUCUCGCUUUCGCUUUUGCUCUCGCUCUCGCUGUCUCACCCGUUCCCGUUCCCGUUCCCGUUCUCGUUCUCGUUCUUGCCCCCGGUCUCUCCGUCGUCUGUCGCGAUCUCUAUGCCCCUGCGAGGAUCGUCGGUCAGGCUGGACCGGUCUGGCCGGCGGAGGAUCCAUGUCGAAUGGGACAUCCUGAACAGGCAAUGGAGGAUACUGCCUGGACGCAGACGCAGCCAUGCGUCUUUUGUACCGUUGGAUCUCCGCCAGAAGAUCCUUGCGGUCCAUGAGGAGUUGUUCUCGUCCGGCGGCGGACGCGGUCACCAACGCCUGGCAGUCUUUCACUUGGCUUUCGAGGGCAGCGACUUGCUCCGUGUCGUUGGCCUGGCGGGCUUCCUCGAGCUCCGUCUGGCAGUCGGCCAGGUUGCGCUCCUCGCGCUGUUCCUUGGCCGUCAGUUCCUGGAGGACGAGCUGUCCGACCGACGUGUCUUGCAGCCGCUUGCCCUCCUGGACCAUCUCGCGCUGGACGUCGAGCGCCGCCACAGGCUUCUGCCGGAGAAGAUGCUCGACGAUCUCUUGCGCCGACUGGGCAUCCCCCGUGUGUCGGAAGACUUGACUACCCCCCUGGACCAUUGCGCCCCAGAACUUGUCGUUGCUGAUCAGGGCGUUCUCCCUCUCCUCGCCAACCUUGUGGCUAAAUCCCGUUUUUUCCAGCUCUCCCCACAUGGUCGUCACCAGGGCAAUAUUGCGCCAGCAGUCCGGGCCACACAGUUUCUGAAACACUUGCAGGUUCGAGAGCGCGGAGCCUUGCAUGCGCACGUCGACAAUCCGGUGGAGGUAGAUCAAGCCGGCGAGCUCGAUGCCCGCCUCGUAGAUACCGAUCAAGAACGCGACAAGGGUUUUCAGGAUCUCGACAUCCGAGCGACGGGUAUCGUUAAAUCCGGGCGUGUCGACCAGUCGAACGGCGAGGCCAUUCGGGGUCCGAUAGGAAUAGCUUCCAAUAUCGGCGGUAUCUAG